AUGCAUAUUUUUCUAUAUUUCAUCAUAAUAGCAGGAAUUUUAUAGAUAGCAGCUGUAAAUAUCAAUUAGCCAGGAAAUUCAGACUUAAACUAGCUAGUUGAAGCUCCUUAAAAUGCGUGUUAAUAAGGCUAUUUUUUUAAUGAAUAAAUAUGUAGUCAAUGUUAAUGGAUUGAAAAUGGAUUUUGCACCUGUUCAUAAUAGGGGAAAUGUGAUCAAAUAACAUGUUUGUAAGGAUAUUUUUUGGUAGGAAGGUAUUAUUUAAUUUAAUAUAAUUAAGUUCAUGUAUAAAGCAUCCUGAUUCAAAUUGUAUAAAGGGAGGGUUUAAUUCUAAUGGAAGUACAGUGAUUUGUUAUUAAUGUAGUAGUCAAUCAACAUUAAUAGGUAUAUAUAUAAAAAAAAUAAUUAGGUGGAAUUUGUAUAGCCAAUAAUAAUUGUUUAUAAUUUGAUAGUUUAACUGGAAUAUGUAAAUAAUGUUAGAGUGGAUAUUUUAUUUCUGUUAGUUAAGGAUAUUAGGAUAAUUCAGUAUCAAUGA